GAUAUUAUUUUUAAUUUUUAAUUUUUGUUCAUAAUAAUUAUGUCAAAAUCUACAUUUUUAUCGAACGAUGAUGAAGUUUUGGUCGAAGAAAUUGGGAAGCAACCUGUGUUGUAUGACAGCUCCCACGAUAAAUAUAAAGACAUAAUAUAUAAAGAUGUGAUUUGGAACAAUAUUUCAUCGAUAGUUGGAAAAUCAACAGUAGAUUGCAAAAAAAGAUGGCGUAAUAUUCGCAAUACAUACAUGCGAAAUAAGAAGAAGCUAGGAACUGGAUCAGCCGCUGCUUUAGCUAAAAAGAAAUGGCCUUUAGCUGGACAUGUAACAUUUUUGGAUCAUGUAGAGUACGAACGGAACACCACAACAAAUGUAUUGAAUGAUCUUGAGUCGACAUGCACGACAACAAAUGUAUUGAAUGAUCUUUACUCAUAUCAUAGGCAAAGAGGCCACACACACAGAAAACGUUCAAGAAGCAAAACUGAGAAGCUGGACUAUGUAAAAAGAGUUAAGGAACGAACAGCUAUAAUAAACACCAUACAAGCUCAAAAUCAAGCCAUUUUAAAUAAAGAAGUUGAUGACGAAAUUGAUUUAUUUUUUAAAAGUAUGGCAAUAUCAGUAAAGAAACUACCAUCUAGAGGAAAACAAGAAGCGAAGUUACAAAUUCUAACAUUGAUAUCAGAACUGGAACGUAAAUAUACAGAAACGCUUGCGCAACCCGCUCAAGUUUUGUUUCAAAUGCCCUCUCAGAAAAGUCAUAAUCUUAUGUCACUUUCGAGUUCGUCAUCACCAUGUUUUAGUUCUUCAUCGGGCACUUCGUAA